CAUUUGGGAAAUACAUACACACAUGCUGCAGCAUGAUUGCCAAUUACAUGCAGAUCACCAUAAAUACAUUUUUAGUUUAAGUAAUAAUUACAAAAACAUGUUCAUACGUUUUCAUUUUUGAAUUCCACACGAACCUCCCAAGACCUCCCAAGUUGAAUUUUUGGCGGUUUACAUUAUUAACUUCAUUUGGCAUUUAAAAAGGCUCCCAAAAUGUAUUUUUUUAAAUAUUUUGUUAUUAUGUCGUAAACACACACAUUUUAUACCGAACCUAAAAUGGUACUUGUGUUUUUUAUAAUGUCUUCUUUAUCUAUAUUCAUAUGGAUAUGUAUGCUGUAUUUUGUGGUUGACACCUGAAAAUAAUGGUCAAAGGACCGAGAAAGCCGACAUAUUCAAAUAAACUAGUAGUAACUUUGUAUAAGUAUUAAACCUGUAGAUGGCGCUGACGGGCACGUCCACGGUUCCCUACAAAAGAGGAAGACGCGUGUUUCUUUUUCGUGAACUCAAACAUGGCGGCCGCCAGGAGGCUCAAGCGCGUGGUGGCCUCACAGCCAGGUUUUUUAAGUUUAAAUGACUCUGGUUCUGCAGGCGGAAUUACUUGUCGACGAAAACGCGUGAACAAGAAUAAGAAAAAGAACUGGAACAAAAACAGCGACAUCAACGAUGUGGAGGAUUUCUUAGAGGACAUCAGACAUCAAGAGAGGACCACCGGUGGCCUGUUGUCUGAGAAGUCAGACGAUAGCUUGUUCUUUUUGGAUGUUGGACAGAAACAGAAAGAUGACGGUAAAGUACCAAAUGAGGUGGAGGGGAAGAAGAGGAAAGGGAGGUCACAGCACCCACUCAGGAUAGACUUAAUCCUGCAGCAUGGUUCACACAUCCCACCAGUUAAAGAUGUGCUUUGCCACCAACAACCCAAUGCCAAGAAACUUCGUCGUCGUGCCCAGAAGGCAGAGCAUCUGGCAGCCAAAGGCAUAGUUCCACGGAAGCUGAGGAAGCAGCUCAACAGGAAGCCAGUGAACACAAGAGCCAGAAAGGCAGUGACGGAGGCCAACAAUAAUCCAAACAGAGAAUAUUAUGACAUUUGGAGUCAAGAACUCUGUGAAACAACCAAAGAUUCAGCAGAUUCGUGGUACCUUCAGCAGACAGGCAAGAAGCGAGUCAAGCGCCCAGAGAAAUUGAAUGAGAAGCCGUCUGUGCUCCCUGCGGUGGAAGUGAUUGCUCCUGGAGGUUCCUACAACCCAGACUUCUUCUCCCAUCAAGCUUUACUGCAAGAGGCCCACGAUGUGGAAGUCAAGAAACAGAAGGCGGAAGACAAAAUUGAGAGACGGCUGGCUGUCAACAAAGACGACCUAGUGACCGCGGAGGUCAUAUUUCAAGAGCAAGUGGAAGGCCUGGUGGAGGAGAAUGAAGAAGAAACCCCUCCUAAUGAGGAGGAGGAAGCGGAAGAUGGGGCUGGAGGUGCCAUCGCACUGGCAGAGAAGAAGACUGAGAAACAAAGGAAAAAACAGAAGGCAGAAAAAAUAAAGGAGCAACAGCGGCUAGCUCUCAGAAAGAUGACUAACAAGAGACAGCAGCUUUUCCAGCUUCGCUCCAUCAGAGCCACCAUCAAACAGCAAGAACAAAGGACCUUUGCAAGGCAGAAACUACGGAAGGCCAAGAUGGAAGCCCAGAAAUCUCAGCCCAGACGCCUCGGCAAACUCAAGUUUCAGGCUCAGGACCUUGAGGUCAAGCUGAGCGAUGAGCUUACCAGUUCACUGCGACAACUGAAGCCAGAGGGCAGCGUCCUCAAGGACCGCUUCAAGAGUCUGCAGAAGAGGAACCUCAUCGAACCCAGAGAGAGAGCCAAGUUCAAGAGGAGGUACAAGCUGAAGUAUGUGGAGAAGAGAGCUUUCAGAGAAAUCACUUUUACGCCACCAACCUCGGGAGCAACCACAUGAUGGAAUUAUGUGGAUACACAACUCUGACAUUUUACGAUUCUCAUCCGGUGUCAUUUUGCCUUAAGUUUGUCAGUUGCCCAUCAUGACCUUGUAAUGAUGCUUGUGUUGAGUGGCUGUGCUGCCUGACGUCAAAGCUUGGCAAUCAAAAGGCACUUGUCCUGCAGUUUUGUUUAGUUUUCACCCUUUUUGCAGCAAUGUUUAUAUUAAACUAAUCUUAAAAAAAAUAUAUAUAUAUAUAUAUAUAUAGGGGGGUUUGACUUUAACUAAUCGAUAAUACAUACAAACAUAAUGCAUAACAUUUGAAUUUAAAGAAUGCAUGCUGUAGGAAGGUGGCUUGUGACAACUCGUUGGGCUCACUGGCUUAAAAGCAUAAGUCGGUGUGCUGCCGAGGUGAACAAGGCUCUUUUCUGGUAAUUGGUGUGAAAUUAUAGUCUCCUUCGGAUAUACGCACCCUUGGAAAACUGCACUGUGGCACAAAGUUGUCUCACAAUUCAACUCCACCGGUGCACUCUCCAUUAUUGAACUAUGAAGCCGUAAUAAACAUUGUGAACUCCGUCGAGUGUGUCUUGCACAGCCUCUAUUGGAACGUCAUCAGCGGUCCCCAACCUUUUUCGACCCAUGGACCGGGAGGACGUUCGUACAUCCUAGCGAUCUAAUUUAUCGUAUUAUUGCGUAAAACUAAGACAGGAGCAACAUGAAAUUAAAAGUACAAAAUGAAUACAGACCCACCAUCCACCAGUCCGAGCCUGGAGUUUGUUUUAUGUCGCUGUUUGAUGUUUGUGGUAAAAGUCUGUGUGCUAGCAUGAAUUAACGAGGUUGUGCACCAACAAAUAUGCACAUUAGUACUCAAUAACGUCAACACAACUUACCUUUAUGCAUUCCCACUUGGCAUUAGCAUCUAAGACCAAAUUUGAGGUGUAAGAAAAUACAAAGUCUAUCUGUGCAGCGGCACAAAGUUAGCACACACAAUGGUGUGUUCAAGGACCGUUGAACAAAGUGAUAUAAGUCACUACUCGCAACAAACUAAGUGCAAAAACUAUGGUAUUUAUAACUAUUUUUAACAUAAAAUGACAAAAUUUGUAUGCAUUUACAUAAAAUUGGAUGUAGUCCUUUACAAAUGUUUUUUAUUUUAAAUCAUUGGACCUGAAAGCUUUCUGCGACACAGUGGUUGGAGACCCCUGUUAUACUGUAGAUAACAUGUGUCUUAAAUCCACUAAAUCAGAUUCUCACCCUACUUACAUGGUGCCCGCUGCAGGUAGUCUGGGUGAGGUUGGGCCGCAUCCAGUAUUCUGCAAAAAAAAUGGGGUUUCAAGUAUUAAAGCACCACUCAUCCAAACAUUUUGCAACAUGCACAGGUUCUUAGAACAAAACUUAUCUUGCAUACUCCUAGCGGCCAGGCUUCGUCUUACACAGCAUCGCUAGCAGUGCUCUUGGCUUCCCAGCAUACCUUCCGGCACUUGUUUUGUGAAAUAUUAUGUUUGGAGUUUAUUCGUCUGCCAUGUGUGUUUACCUACCUGUCCAUGUUGUGCGGUUUGUGUGCUCACACUGAUGGAAGUCUGUGUUGAGUUUGGUGUCCCCCGUUCAUUUCACUUUGACAAGUUUGCUGCGAGUUUAGUGUUUUCUAUCGCUUGCCCUAUUGGAGCUCAAGUGCCUCUUGCCAGCUACUGUGGGACAUCAAUAAAGCAAACGUUUGUCAAGUCGGGUGCACACAAAAUGGCAAUUGCAGCCUAUGAGCUGCAAUUUUGAUACCGCUGCAUAACAUAAUCCUAUACCACUGUGCAUGUUUUAGGAAAUAAGAGCCUGCAUUAUUCAUAUGCACUAGAAAUAUCAAAAUGUGUAAAGGCACCAGAAGAAAAGCACCAUUAGCGUCAAGGUGAUAAAUUAGUUUGUACCGGGGUCAGAAUGCAGCAGCUUUAUUGAACCAUCAUGCAUGGUUGUUGUACACAACACAAACACAAUUUAGGAUGAUUUGGUGUUUUUGCAGCACAUUUGUGUCACAUUCCAGUAUAAAGUACCUAGCACUCUGUUGCUCAAAGGCACUGUGGUAGGUGUAAAAGGGGUACGUAUGGGCUUGGGCUAGUUUUCUUCCCCGUGUUUCCGACCAACCAACACUGCUAUCACUAGUUUCCUAAAACCAGUAGUCGGGAAGAGUAAGAGCAUUGAAAACUGCUUUAGGGAAAUCAAUUUGUUUUUGUAUGCUCAUGCCAGACAAACAGAUGGCAGCCAAUUUGUUUGUGUUUUUCUGUCCCGUUUUCCCUUUUUUUUUUUUUUUUUUUUUUUGCUUCUCGUCUUCACGUGGGAGGCACAGUGCUGCCAGAUUGUUUUGGGAUUGGGUGGAACAGCGUAUUUGUGUGUAGGUGUGUUUUUGUGUGUUGUAGUCACUCAUUACCAAAUACGGUCACAUGACCCUCAGCUUAUUUGCUGCACAAUGACAGGAUUUGGCCCAGUGUGCCCCUGCCUGUCUCACCUCUGGACUGUGUUGGGUUCACAGAUGCUGUGCUCGCCAGAGUCCGGCACACUGGAGCACGAUGGCAUGCUCCAGAUGUCAGCUGCAGCCAGCUGAGUUCAACGGUAGCAACACACUGCACACAAAAAGCAUCUGCUUGCACAAAAAUACAAUGCUACUGCUAGCACAUCAUGCUUGUCCAAUAUCCACUCCACUUUUACACAAGUUGAUUCCGUCUUGUGUGUGCUUUUUGCAAUAAAACGGCUUUUACAAGAUGGGAAAGGAUGCAUCUGAGGGGCCAAAAGAAAACAUUUUUCAGAAAGGAAUACACCCACUGGCCAAUCUGAUCUUUAUAGCAUCAUCUUUAUAGCUGCAGCAACAAUUUAGCAAAAGUAAUAAUGCUCAGUAUACACCGACACUUCAUACUGCUUAAAUUGCUUUACACUGAGUGCUGUUUCUAACCUUUUAGUUAGGCAGUCAAAAUAUGUUUAUCUCUGAACAUUUCUGGAUUUUGUUGACAAUUACAGCAUUGGAGGUGGGCGGUACGACACAUUUGUAAGUAAAUACAAGGUCAGUAUCACCCUACGCAUGCUUUUUACUUGGACAUGUUCCAAGACCAUUGAAUGAUUUUUGUCCUUAAUUUGUUGAUCAUGAUUGGAAUCAGAAAAAAAUCUUGACACAAUUUAAGCAAAGAACAAUUUGAACAACACAUUAAAAAACAUUUGUGGAAAUAAACUGAUGAAAACGGAAAAAUGCCUCACCACAUUGGUAUCAAUCCAAUACUGAUACUAUGCUGCAGAGCCGGCCGGCCCAUUAGGCAAUAUAGGGGGAUGUUAAGGGUGCCGUG